AUGAGUCUGAACAAUGAACAAAACACCUGUCGAAGGUCCGAUAAUAAAAUGUUCUACACAUUUUCGGAUACGAUGAUGAGGCACACGAUACAAAUUAAGAAGAAUAAAAUAAAAAGAAAUAUUGUAACAAAUCGCUACAUUGCAAGUUGCUUGUUUGCUUCUCAUUCUUUAUUUACUUACAAACAAGCAAAUUUACUUGACUUAACUAAACAUCCAAGUGAAUCUUGUUUUUGUCUUCCAAGUCUCUUUGGUGGUAAACAAAAUAUUUCUCAUACAAAAUCCUUCAUUGGAAAUUUGUAG